AUCAGUGUUUUCGUGAAUCAAAGAAGUCAACAUGAAAUUUAUCAGUGUUUUAGUUGUUUUUAUGUGCGCUGCUUAUGCCAAAGGCGACAAAGAUAUGAUGAUGAAAAUCAUUGAAACAUGUAAAGGUGUGACAGGAGCAUCGGAUGCAGACAUUGCAAGAUUCAUAACUCACGCCCCACCAGAAACUAAUGAACAGAAAUGUUUAUUUGCCUGCUUUUUGACUUCGUUGAAUGUGAUUAAAGACGGAAAACCGGUUGAAGAGUCAUUUAUAGAAAUGAUUAAAACUGUGACUGGAGGAGACGCAGAAAAAAUGAAAAUUGCUGCAGAUGUCUUUGCCAAAUGCAGCGGUCUUGUCGCUGGUAAAGAUCCAUGUGACGACGCUGUUAAUUUUGUUGAAUUUAGCGUCGUUGAAACUGUUUACGGUCCCCUGAAAGGACGUAAACUGAAAUCUGUGUUGAACACGGAAUAUUUAAGUUUCCGUGGCAUUCCUUACAUGAAACCACCACUUGGUAAGCUUCGCUUUCGAGAAGCACACACACCAAAUAACUGGAAGGAUCCUUUCGACGCUACUGAAGAAGGUCCAAGCUAUUGUGCAGUAAAUUUUAUGACAGGAGAAAAAGAAGGCCAAGAGAAUGCUGGAACCAUCAACGUCUACACAAGAAACACAAAACCUGAAAAACUUUAUCCUGUCAUGAUUUGGGUGCAUGGAGGUGGAUUCAACAAAGGUUCAAGUCAGACUGACCUUUAUCAACCCGAUUACCUUCUCGAGAAAAAUGUCGUCUUUGUAUCAUUUAAUUAUCGUUUGGGUGCAUUUGGAUUUUUAAGUUUCGAUGAUCCAAAGCUGGAAGUUCCUGGAAACGUCGGUCUCAAGGAUCAAGUUUUGGCUUUGAAAUGGGUCAAAGAAAAUAUUGAGAAGUUUGGUGGUGAUCCGAAGCAAUGUACAAUCUUUGGUGAAUCUGCUGGCGGUGCUUGUGUACAUUACUUGACAAUCACUAAGCAAACUGAAGGUCUUUUUCAACGUGCAAUUAUCAUGUCAGGUUCAGUGAUGAACAAAACAUGGAGUUUCGCAAACAGAGAUAAACGUGCUGAACGUUUGGCAAGAAUUCUUGGGUGGAAAGGAAAAUCUGGGAAAGAUCGCGAAGUUCUGGAAUUUCUAGAGAAUGUUCCAGCUUUUGAACUUGUUGAUGCUUCUGAAACUUUGAUGAGCGAUGAAGACAUAUUUGGAUAUGGAAAGUUGGUUCCAUUUUCUCCAGUCAUUGAACCAUAUGAAACAGAAAAUUGUGUAAUUGAUAAAGAACCUCUUGAGAUGGCACGCGAAGCUUGGACAAAUAAAAUUGAUGUCGUUAUCAUGGGAGCAUCAUUUGAAGGUUUAUUACGAAACCAUGUUGACGAGGUAAAAGUUGCAGAAUUUCUGAAAAAUCCGAGUUUCUUCGCACCUUUAACUGACCUUGGUUUGAAGUCGAAUGAAGAUAAAGCAAUUGAACUUGGAACAAAGAUUAAACAACUUUAUUAUGAAGAAGGUUUGGAACCUUCAAAAGAAACCCACGAACAAUACUUGCGAUUCUGCUCUGACUUUCAUUUCUGGCACGGUCUUCAUCGUCUUGUUCAAUCACGAAAUGCUUUUGCAAGUGGAAAAACUUAUUUACUUCGGUUUGACGUCGAUGCGAAAUUUAACAUGUUCAAAGCACUUAAAAAAGCAGAGAAAUUCAAAGGUGCAUGUCAUGCUGACGAUUUAUUUUAUCUGUUUGCAACGAAAUAUAAUGACAAACCAGCAGUUGACUCUAAAGAAUAUGAAACGAUUAUGAGAAUCGUUGGGAUGUUCACGAGUUUUGCAAUCAAAGGUGAUGUGAAUUGUAAAGAAGUUGGGGAUGUUGAAAUUAAGCCUUAUGACGGUUCUUAUCCACCCAAAUGCUUCAAUAUAACUGAGAAUGAAGUUAAAGAGAUUGACCACCCUGAUGGAGAUAAAUUUUUGAUUUGGGAUAUCGUGUAUGAGACUCAAGAAAUUCAUUCGGGAAGUGAAUACGACAUGGUGGAAAAGCUUUUUGGAGACAUUACAUCGAAAUGUAAAGGAAUAGAAAAUGCGACAGAUGAAGACGUCGCUUUCAUGUUUGUUGAAGACGAUUCAUGGCCCGAAACUUAUCAGGGAAAAUGUUUCAUUGAUUGCUUCUUUGAGGAAAUUGGAAUUUUCAAGAAUCAUAAAUUUCACAAGCGUGGAUUUCUCACGACUGUCUUAAUGAUUGCUGACAUUGAUGACGAUGAAAGCGUUGAAAUCGAGAAACUCGGAGACAUGAUUAAAACAAUAAACAAAGAAUGCGGCGCAACGACCCAUGCUGACAGAUGUGAAAAUGCUUUGGACUUUGCUAAAUGUUGUUAUCAUAUUUUUGAACAUGAAUUUAACGAUGACAGCAAUGAAGUUGAUGCAGUAAAGGAAUGAAGAAUUGUAAAAUAUUUUGUUAAGAAAAAGGAAAUUAAAUUUCUGAAUAAAAAUAAUAAAUUUAUUCGUUUUAUGCAAAAAA